UUAAAGAAAAAGUGAUUUUAAAUAAGUUAAAUAGAUUAUAAUAAAAUAGUGAAAUAAUUAGUUAUGGGUACGCGUAAAAAAGGUGCAGAAUUUAUUAAACAUAUAACUGAGAUUAUUAAAAACUCAACGGGAUUUGAAAAACAUUUAGAAAAGGUCAUAAUUACCAGUGGUGGUGAGGGAAAAUGUACGGCUGAGUUCACAGUGAGCCGUGAACAUCUCAACCGUAUGGGUGGUUUGCAUGGUGGUUUCACCGCAACUCUUGUCGACAUGGUUACCACGUAUGCUCUCAUGUCGAAACCCUGUCAUCCAGGGGUGUCGGUUAGUAUAAGUGUCGAUUAUCUUAAGGCAGCCAAAGAAGGUGAUGAUGUGCUAAUUGAUGCGAAUCUCCUGAAGGCGGGUAAAAAACUAGCAUUUCUGGAGUGUAUAUUAAAACAUAAGAAGGAUAAUUCUAUAAUUGCCAAAGGUAGUCACACAAAAUAUGUUGAUUUCAAAUAGUUUCUAUAGCUAAUUACCAAAAAUGAGAAAUAAAUAAAACUGCUGUUAACGAAAUACACUUUUGUAAUCUUAUAUAUUUUUUUUUAUUUUAUUUUAAUUUUUUUUUAAUCAUUACAUUAGUUUUCUAUAAUUGUAUAUAUAGUACGUUAUAAUUUGUUUUGUUUUGUUGGUUUAAGUUUGGCCAUUCAUUGUGUCUGGUUUUUUAAUUGUGUUUUUCUUAGAAGAGUUAAAGAAUCUUAAAAUUAAUGUUAGUUUUUUUUUUUGUUUUUUGUUUAAUUGGUUUGAACUAAUUUAUUGUGCAUAAAAUUAAUAAAUCUCAGAAAUUUGUUGUGAAUCAGA